UACACAACAGAAACUGCACAAAACAACUUUAACCUUAAUCAGUGAAAAAUGGAGAAGCGAAACUGCUUCGGAGAUGCUGAAAGUUUUACUCAACCCAAACCAAACCGACCAAGCUGCUGCGGCUGAGGUAACAACAGAAUAAGCUGCAACGGAUUGCAUAUCCUCAACUGAUGCACCAACUCUUGCUGCAACUAAGCAUUUCUACUGAUUACGUCGAUAAAUGAAGCGCGUAUCGUAUUUCCUACAUUGGUGACCGGCCGACGACCGACGACCGACGAGUACACGGGAUUCAGCACGCGAUAACGCAGGUCCAUUGUGUUUGGUGCGCGGGUAACACGGGUUUGUAACACGGGUUUAGUGCAAGAAGAGCCAAAACGACCCUGUUCGCGUAGGAAACGGAGUGAUCAACGAGUGAUCGUGUGAUCAACGACCCGCGUACUCACUAAUUCGCCGUUAAGACUAAAACACCGUGUAAACACCGACCGAACCGGCGAAUCGAUAUUAUUGUUUCGCGCACGCCCGGUUGUCGCCGCACGCCGCACCUUAGCCCGAUUCAUUCGCGCGGCGUAGCACUUUGGCAUAAGUUAAUUUACCGAAAAGCGUGAAGCGUAGGGAAGCUAAAAAUAAAAAGGUUCUUUGUGGCGAAAUUGCUUUAUGCUUUACCCGAAAAUCGUAGCCAACUGCACCGGAACACGUCAGAUGAUGGUUUUGGCUUCAAGUUGUGACGUACCGCGAAUGGGGUUCUAUUCUAUUACUGAAUCAACAGCUCAGGUGGUGCCGUAAGAACAACACUUCUAACAGAAAGCUACACAAUUACUGUGUGUAAAGUUCUGGUGGCGUUAGUUUAGUGUUACAUUUUGUGGAUAGCCCGCAAGGAUGCAAAUCCCGUACAUGAAGGUAGCGAUCUACUCGCUCACCUUUCUCACCUACGCCUACACAGGAUACGGAUCGAACAUGAUUGCGAACUUGCGCGAUGCCAUCAUCGCGGCCGAAGCCGUUUUCGGAGACGUGAUGAAGAACGUGUUGCAUGUGGCGAGAAAGUUUAAGGUUGUUCACGAAGUUUUUGACGCGGCCGUUGAUGAGAACUGCAUUUACAAGUGUCCAGGAGACAUAACACCGGCCCGGAAUAAAUUCUACGUUCCACAGUCGGAUGGUUGCGGUUCGCUCGGAAUGAAGAUCAGCACCGAGUAUCUGCCGGCGGUCGAGAUGGAGCAGUGCUGUAAUGCGCACGAUAUCUGCUACGAUACAUGCAACAAUGAUAAGGAGCUGUGUGAUUUGGACUUCAAACGGUGCCUCUAUCGUUACUGUGACGAUUACGAGAAAAACGUUGUCACGGACAUUGUCGUGAAAGGAUGUAAAGCGGCUGCAAAAAUGCUGUUCACUGGCACGCUUACGUUGGGCUGCAAAUCGUAUCUCGAUGCGCAACAACGCUCGUGCUACUGUCCACCGGAGAAGAGCGACAAAUCGGACCGGUACGCGGGUGGCGAAAAGGGACAGGGAAAGGAUUACCGGGAAAAGGAUAAGGGUAAGGAUAAAAGCAAAUACGGUUGGAAGGAGCUGUAAGUGAAUCAGCACAACAGUUGAUGAGUGUUUUUCGCUUGAGCCAGAGAGGAGUUCCUUAACGACAGGUAUUUGCCGAUUUUGUAAAAUAGUUCAGCUGUGAUUGACGAUGCUGUGCGUCUCACGUGAGUGGUUACCGUACUUGAAAUAAAAGACGAACGAUUAAUCUCAUCAUACUUCUAUCCUACCAAACAUGCACCGGUUUGGUUGAGAAUUGAAAUAUCUUUUAUUUUAAUUCUUACUUAUUUAUCUUACAAUUGUAUUUAAAGUGAUCGGGGCGACAUACAUUUGUGUAGCAUUUAGUUGUGUCGACUUCCCAUCGACGGUCUAUGCCGUUUACUCGGGUUCAACAUUGGCUGUCUG